AUGUUGUUAAAAUUAGUUUACUUUUCCUUCUCUGUAAUUUUUCUUUUAUUUCUUUCUUUCUUUCUUUCUUUCUUUUCUUUUCUUUCUUUCUUUCUUUCUUUUUCUUUCUUUUUUUCCUUCUCUAAAUAUAUUUCUUUCUUUCUUUCUUUCUUUUAUUUCGAACUUUUCAGUUUGGUAUUUAAUAUGUUAAUAGAAAUCCUCGUCUUCUCUUCUUCCUUUCUUUCUUUCUUUCUUUUUCUUUCUUUCAUUCUUUCUUUGAUUUUUCUCAAAUUAAUUUUCUCUGUUUGCUUUUUUUCUUUCUUUCUACAUUCUUUUUCUUUCUUUCUUUCUUUCUUUAAUUCAUUCUAUUCUUUUAGAAAUAUAUACAAUAGAAAUGCUUUCUUUUUUCUUCUCCUUAUAUCCGAACUUUUCAAAAUAUAUAGAAUCUCUUCUUUUCCUUAUAUCCUUUUCUGUUGGUUUUUUCUUGUUUUUUCUUCAUUCUUAUUUUUCUUUUUUUUUCUUUCUUUCUUUAUAAUCUUUUUAUUUAGAGUUUUCUUUUUCUUCCUUAUAUCCGAACUUUUCAGUUUCUAUUUCUUUUUUGUCUUUGCUUUCUUUUUUUCUUUUUUUCUUUCUUUCAUUAAUCUUUAUAUAGAUCUUUCUUUCAAAGCCGAACGUCCUUAUAUCCGAACUUUUCUUUCUUUCUUUCUUGUUGUCUUUACUUCAUUCUAA